UCGAAUGGAGGCGCGCACACCGAACCAAGACCCGUAUGGUCGCGCGCACGGCAGCCAGUGCCACAGGUCUCAGCAGAGGGACAGCGAGAGAGCCGGUGUUUGGGUCGUCUGUAGCCUGCCUUUAAUUCCACACCUGCAGGGAGGCUUUGAGAUGUCAGACCUGGUGGAUGGCCGUGUGGAAGCCCAGCCCCUGAAGGAGAGGGUUGCCAAGGCCCCCCGUGGGAAGAGCCAGGCCUCAGGCACCAAGGCACGGAGGCUUGCUCGCCUGUCCCGCUGCCGUACGGCAGUCUUCUUCAUCUCGCUCUUCCUCUGCCUCACGGUGGUGUUUGCCUUUUCCUUUAUCAUCCCCUGCCCUGUGAGGCCAGUCUACUUGCGUACCUGGAACCACACGUACCUUGAGUCAGCCACUUAUGAUUUCCUGGCUGUUGAAGAUGUGAACAGAGACAAGGUGCUCGAUGUGCUUUUUGUCCUCGAGGCCAACGUAGGCACCAUGAACACAUCCUGUACUAUUGAAAGUAUACCCUGUGUGUUCAUGGUGGCCGUGGCAGGUACCAACGGGCACACGCUGUGGGAACGGCCCCUAGCCCCUCCAUUCCACUGGGCACAGUGUGGACUGCAGGGCCUGGGGGGCACUGAUUCGGGUUGCCUGGUGGCACACGCCCACCUCCUGACUGCUGUCAACAAAAACACAGGUGAUUUCCUGUGGCAGCGACCGCACCCGCCCAACUUUAACAGCCAGCUACCUGUCAUGACAAGCCCAGAUCUGGAUGGAGACAAAGUGGAGGAUCUGGUUCUGAUUGGCCCGGGCCCUGUGGAGACAAAGCUGGCAGUUUUAUCUGGCAGAGCAGGCACUCGGAUUGGACCCGAGCUGGUCCUGAUUCCGAUGGAGACCACCAAGCAUCUGCUUCACAGCACUGGCUCAGGCUCACACUACGUGCUCUUUCGGACGGCCUUGGGGCUCCACGUCCGAGCGCUUUGGCGCAUCGCCGCUGAGGUGCAGCCAGGCAGUGAGAAGACCCUGAGGAGGGAGCCCGCGUGGGAGGCGGCAGCAGAGGGUACCUCUGAGCAGCCGCUGAGGUCGGCCGUCAUCCACUGGCUGGUUCAGGUGCCGAAAAAGAGAGGUGGCCAUAGCCUCCUGCUGGUGACAGGGGGUGCCGUGGAGCUCGUAGAUGGGGACAGUCUUCAGUCACUGUGGACGACCAACGUCAGCGGCGUUCUGAGUCAGCCCAGCACGGGGUACUAUGACAAAGAUGACAUCACUGACGUGGUGCUGGAGGAGGACUCUGGGAAUGGUACCAAACGGGUGGCGAUAUUGAACGGCAGGUCCGGGCUCGUCCAAUGGCAGCUCAUCUUGCUGGCACGGCCCAACACACCCCAGCCUGUCAGCUUCCGGAGCAUCCACACAAUCUCUGUGUUCGUCUUCUGGGGACAGAUGGUGGCCCCUCCCGAUGCCAUGAGGCCUAGCAGUGAGGACACCUUCACCUACAUGCUGCACCCCCAGCAUCCUGAUGCCGUCCUGGAGAGCAGCACGUGGGGAGGGGGCGGGCAUACUGUCACCCUCAGGGCGACACUGCUGGAGAGGAGCCGGCAUGCCUGCUUCAUCACGCUGGCGGCCCCAGCAGGUGCAGGGCCGUCCGUGACGCUCAGCAAGCGGAAGCUGAAGGACGACGCUUCCAGGAGCCAUGUCUGCUGGCUGGGGGACCAUGGGGAGCACCAAGACGAGGAUGUCAAGUAUGCUUUCGAAAGGCUGCGUUUCCACCAGGAAGCAUGAGGAGGUCUCGACCAGCACCUCCCCCCCCACCUCCCUCUUCAGACACAAUGUGUUCCUGGAUGAUUGGCCUCAACCAAUGGAACAAGUUCUACAGAUAUGCCCCCUGCCUUGUCCAUUUGUCCCCCAUAAUAGUGUCACCACUCACCACGCAGUUCGUGCGCCAGUCUGUCCUGUUGAGUGAGGUGUGUGGUCUUUAUCAGGCACGUGAGGCCUUUAUCAGGUGAAUGUGGACUUUAUUAGGUGUGUGAGGGCUUUAGCAGUGUGUGACCUGCUUGCUUUCAGUAUCGGCAGUUGUGCUACUUUCUGAUUCUGUAUCACACUGCCCCCUGCAGGACAGGGUCAACAUGUCGAGGAUCUGACUUAUGCACACAGGUGCCCUUAGUUCCAUAUCAAUCAGGUGUAAGACCCCGCUGUGCCUAAAAAUCUUAUGCUGGAAAAAAGGCUAUGUAAACAGACACUACAGACACUUUGUUUUGUAUUUAUAGUUGGAGUUAGAUUAAAUGAAUGUGUCUCCUUUGCUGGAAUUGGAUUGUGAACCCCAGCAAAGCUGGGCUAUAACUAGUGAUUGCCAAAUGAAACUUCCUGAACCAUUUGAUGUAAUUUUUUAACCCACUACAUGCUGCGUUUGGUUUGCUUUAGGGCAUGAUUUUUGAGCUGAACAUGCAGUGAAACUUCAUUUGGCCAUCACUAUAAUAUUGCUGGCAUUCGUGACAGUUAUGCUGUAGUGUGCAGUGCAGGGGGUGCUGAUGUCACUGCAAGGGAACAGCAGCAUGUUCAGGGUCACCUGUAGCUGGCUGAUUGGGCACUCCCUGGGCCACUUUCACUUUGUGGUACUGAUCUGCUAUUUGCCUGUAACUGUCACUGUACAUAAAAUAAACACGUUAAUGCUGUAGGUUGA